AUGAAAAAUCUUGAUGCCCAUAAGUAUAUUAAGCUUGUUAAUUUUUUAAAUAAAAAGAAAAAAUACUCAUAUUUUAAUUUAAAAUAUGUAAAAAAUGAAGAAACAAAUGAUAGAUUUUGUAUUCCUAUUAAUAUAAAUAAAGGAAAGAUACUAAUUGAUGCGAUAAAUUGUGCACACAAAAAUGCUUUGACAAAGAUUAUUACAAAUAUAAAGGAAUUCAAAAAAGAAUCAGAAGAAUGUAAAAGAUAUGAUGUUAAUAAUUUACCAUCCAAUCAAAGAAGAGGUCCAAAAAAUUCCGUUCAGGGAAAAAAAAAAAAAAAAGAUGAAUUAUUGAUACAUAUUACAUAUAAUGAUACACAUGAUAGUUUUGGCUCAUCCAAAUUGGUAAGCGGUAAUGGGAAUACAGAAGUGAGAAAAAAAGACAAAGGGAUGGGUGAGAGAUAUACCUAUAAGGGUAAUACGUGUGCAAUUAAUACAUGUGAACGUAGUACCGGUUAUAAUAAUACAUAUGAUAAUAUCAUUUGUAAAACCAGCACUUGUGGGUCGAAUUCUAUGUUAAUGCGAAUAGGCAGUGAUGAUAAUUACAACGAAGGAAUAUACAGGACAAAGAAGGCGACCAAUCAUGUUAGCAAGUUUUUUAAUAUGAAUGAUCAUGUAAAAAAAUUUGAGGUGUUUGAAAAAAGAGAAUAUACUUUAAGUACGUAUAGUAGGAAGGAAGGAUUGGAAGAUAAGAACGAUGAGGAACACAAAGGGAAUUACGAAAAAGUGGUUAACAAAGGGAACGACAAAGAAGCCCGUAACAAAGAGAAUUUAUGUAAUUUAGAUGCCAAUGACGAAAAAGAUGAUUAUUAUGAGACUGUACUUCCGAAAAAUUGCGGUGUUUCCAUUGGAACGGGUGGUAGCAGUGAUACGUUGAAAAACGGGCCAAAAAAUGAUACAAUAAACGAUGCAGUAAGCGGUGCAAUAAGCGGUGCAGUAAGCGGUGCAGUAAGCGAUACAAUAAACGGUGCAAUGAAUAAUGUGCAAAAUGAGGAGGUAGGAAAGCCCAUUGUGGAUGAGCCAAAGUACUGCGAGGGAAUUACCUCUUCCCAGGAAGGUCCGCACGAUUUGAACAAUGAGGAGGAGAGUUGCUCAAAGGUUAAGAUAACGAAGGAAAAUAUUAUAAAUAUCAAUGAUAUAAAAGAGGAGGAUAUACGAGUGAGCAAAGUGCUGCUUGAAGAAGAAGAGGGUAAUCAGUUAAAUAGUGAAGACUGUUUGAAUCAGAAAAUGGUAAGUAAGAAGUAUAGGGGAGGGGAGUUGAAAGACGUGGACGAUGUUUCCGGUAAAAGGAGUAGUGACGUUAGUGAUGGAAAAAGUAGUAGUGAUAGAAACGGAGGUAGGUACGAUGAAGGGGAAAAGAUAAACUUCCAGACAAACUUUUCGAAGACGAACAAGAAAUGCCUUUACCCACACGAAAUCGUGGCGUACUUAAACAAGUAUAUAGUAGGUCAAACAGAAGCUAAAAAAGUAGUGGCUAACGCUUUGAGGCAAAGAUGGAGAAGAAUUCAAGUAAAUGAUGAUAUGAAAAAAGAUAUAAUACCGAAAAAUAUAUUAAUGAUAGGUCCUACAGGUGUUGGUAAGACUGAAAUAGCAAGAAGAAUUUCAAUGUUUGUUGAUGCACCUUUUAUUAAAGUAGAGGCUACAAAAUUUACUGAAGUAGGUUUUCAUGGGAAAGAUGUAGAUCAAAUAAUAAAAGAUUUAGUAGAAAUAGCUGUAAAAAGACAAAAGACAAAGUACGAAAUAGAAAUAAGAGAACAAGCUGAGGAAGCUGUUGAAAAUAUUAUUUUAUAUUCACUACUAGGUAAUAUAAGAGAAGAGGAAAAAAAUAUAUGGAGGAAAUAUUUAAAAGAUGGAUCAUUAGAUGAUAAGGUCAUCAGUAUUGAUAUUCCUAACUAUAUAAAUAAUAAUAUGUUUUCUAACGAUUCUGUAGAAAAUGCUGUUAAGGAAGCUUUAAGUAAUCAUCAAAAUAUAAAGAGUGUUAAAAUAAUACAUCAGAAUAUUAAUAAACAGAAUGAUAAGAAAACCAUGACUAUUAGAGAAGCGAAACAAAAAUUACUACAACUAGAAAUAGAUUCAUCAAUGAAUCAGGAUAUUAUUUUAAGAAAUGCUAUUAAUUCAGUUGAAGAAGAAGGAAUUGUAUUUAUCGAUGAAAUUGAUAAAAUUUGUUCUAAAUCAAAUUCAUCAUACAAUGGUCCAGAUGCAAGUGCUGAAGGAGUACAACGAGAUUUGUUACCAUUAAUUGAAGGAUGUGUUAUAAAUACAAAGUAUGGAAAUAUAAAUACAAACUAUAUUCUCUUUAUUGCAUCAGGAGCAUUUCAAAGAGUUAAACCAAAUGAUAUGCUUAAUGAAUUACAAGGUAGAUUACCUGUACAUGUAAAUUUAUCAAGUUUAACCAUCAAAGAUUUUAUAGAAAUAUUAACAAAAACACAUAAUAAUUUAUUACAGCAGAAUAUUGCUCUUUUGAAAACAGAAGGUAUUAAUUUGCAAUUUACCGAUGAUGCUAUUGAAACUAUUGCAAAUGCAGCACAUGAUAUGAACUUUUAUGUUGAAAAUAUAGGAGUACGUAGGCUGCACACCAUUAUUGAAAAAAUUAUGGAAGAGAUCAACUAUGAUGUGUACAACUAUGUUAACCAGACUAUAGUUAUUGAUAAGGAGAAGGUCAAAAAGUCUCUGGAGGGCUUCAUCAAGCAGUUCGACUUGAAAAAGUACAUCAUAUGA